GCCUCACCCCCGAGGAAACUACUGACCUGCUGCCUGGACUACAACUGUGUGGAAGGAAAGCUCACUCAUCUCCUGCUGUUUCUUCAGGAAAGAGCCCACAGGGGUUGUCGGGCCAGUGGGUCGUCAGGAGCUGGAACAACGACGAGCUACUCCCAUUACUCAAUGUUCAACUAAAGCCCUGUUUAAAUUGGAUUUCAGAUGAUGGGACACGUCCAGGUGGACACUUUUAUUAUUAUUUCAGCGUUUAACAAUCGCGGAAGCUCGUUUCUUUUCUUUGGACUGGACACAACUGUCAAAGGCUAAGCUAGGUUUUCAUCCCUACUUCUCUGGACGCGCUGACAACACUCCUGUGUGGUUCUGUUGUGCUGCUACAGUCACACUUUCAAGGACACUGAGACGUUUUUAAAGUGAAUUCCUCUCUGAACUUUGUAACUGAAUGACCCAGGACUCAGCAUGUCAUUUUUUAAUUUUCGUAAAAUCUUCAAAUUGGGGGCCGAGAAGAAGAAGAAACAGUACGAGCAUGUGCGCAGAGAUGAAAACCCAGAGGAGGUCUGGAACAUCAUCGGUGAACUGGGAGACGGAGCCUUCGGGAAGGUGUUCAAGGCUCAGAACAAACUGACCGGCAUCCUAGCUGCAGCCAAAGUUAUUGACACGAAGACGGAGGAGGAGUUGGAGGACUACAUGGUGGAGAUUGAAAUCCUGGCCUCCUGUGACCACCAAAACAUUGUCAAACUGCUUGAUGCUUUCUAUUUUGACAGCAAACUCUGGAUCCUCAUCGAGUUCUGUGCAGGAGGGGCUGUGGAUGCUAUCAUGCUCGAAUUGGAGAGACCCCUGACAGAGCCUCAGAUCAGGGUGGUGUGUAAGCAGACUCUGCAGGCCCUCGUCUACCUCCACGACAAUAAUAUUAUCCACAGGGACCUGAAGGCCGGGAACAUCCUUCUCACACUUGCCGGCGAUGUCAAGCUGGCUGACUUUGGUGUAUCUGCCAGAAACACCAAAACGCUGCAGAGGAGAGACUCUUUCAUUGGAACGCCUUACUGGAUGGCCCCCGAGGUGGUGAUGUGCGAGACGUCCAAGGACCGUCCAUACGACUACAAGGCCGAUAUCUGGUCCCUCGGGGUCACCUUGAUUGAGCUAGCACAGAUUGAGCCGCCCAAUCACGAGAUGAACCCCAUGAGAGUCCUGCUGAAAAUAGCCAAGGCAGAUCCUCCUACUUUGAUGCAGCCGUCACGCUGGACCCCAGAAUUUAGCGAUUUCCUGAAGCGGUGCCUGGACAAGAAUGUGGACAACAGGUGGAACGCAGCACAACUUCUACAGCAUUCGUUUUUGGCGACCACGAUUGACAGCAAACCGCUGAGGGAGAUCAUAGCGGAGGCGAAGGCAGAGGUCACAGAGGAGAUUGAAGAACACAAAGAAGAAGAAGAGGAGGAAGAAACAGAAGGACAUCGGGGCCACAAACGUGCCCCAUCUGAUGUCAGUGUUGCGAGCUCAGAGGAUGAGAAGAUCCCUCUCUCUCCGUCCGUCUUGGAAUCUGUCCCGGAGAAGGUUGAAUCAGCUCUACCCUUGCCAGCACCCUCAGAUGUCAUUGCGGCAAACCACGUGGUAGACACUAGCUUUGUGGAGGAGGCUGCUGACCCUGCAGCAGCAGAGCAAACCAGAGAGGCAUCCAACAUUCCAGCUGUGGAUGGAGAGCUAGAACAGAAACCUGUUGAAGAAAAGCUUUUAGAGGCAGGAGAAGAUGUUUCCUCAGAUGAUAAAGAGACUGAACCAGAGGCACCUGUUAAAGAAAUGCAGCAGAUGGAGAUCGCUGGUGAUGAUGAAAAGGAAGUGGACACAGCUGAGGUUCCUGCCACUCCAGAGAUGUCAGAAAUCACUGAGGGUCCUCAGGAGGAAAAGAUGGCUGUUUUGGAGGAAUCAAACACACCAGCUGAGGAGGGGGAGGACCGAUACAAACAUCUAAAGGUGUCAUUGACGCUACCAGAGCAAGAUAAAGAUGUCCCCAAAGUAGAGAAUGAAGAGAAACCCACAGACAUGGAUAAAAUAAAUGCAGAAGAUGAGAAGAAAGUUCCAGACAGAGCUAAGGAUGACAAAGAGAGAGAUUCAGACUCGGGUGGCUCCGCUGCCGAUAACAGCAGCAUAGACCUAAAUCUGUCUAUCUCAAGCUUUCUGUCCAAAACAAAAGAGCCUGGAUCUGUUUCCAUACAGGACACCAAGCGUCAGAAGAAGACACUGAAGAAAACUCGCAAAUUCAUCGUGGAUGGAGUGGAAGUGAGCGUCACGACAUCAAAGAUCAUCACUGAUAAUGACACCAAGAACGAGGAAAUGAGAUUCCUCAGGCGCCAGGAGCUUAGGGAGCUGCGCUUCUUGCAGAAGGAGGAGCAGAGGGCUCAGCAGCAGCUCAGCAACAAACUGCAGCAGCAAAAAGAACACAUCUACCGCCGCUUCGAACAGGAGACCACAAGCAAGAAGCGUCAGUAUGACCAGGAGGUAGAGAAUCUGGAGCGGCAGCAGAAGCAGACGAUCGAGAGGCUGGAGCAGGAGCACACCAACCGACUCCGGGACGAGGCCAAACGCAUCAAAGCUGAGCAGGACAAAGAGCUGUCGAAGUACCAGAACAUGCUGAAAAACCGCAAGAAAGAGGAACAAGAGUUUCUUCAGAAGCAGCAGCAGGAUCUGGACAGCGCUCUGAAGAAGAUAAUCCAGCAACACAAACACGAGCUCGCCACCAUCGAGAAAGAAUGCCUCAACCACAAGCAGCAGCUGCUCCGAGCAAGGGAGGCUGCUAUGUGGGAGCUGGAAGAGCGCCAUCUGCAGGAAAAACACCAGUUGUUCAAGCAGCAGCUCAAAGACCAGUACUUCAUGCAGAGACACCAGCUGCUGAAGAGACAUGAGAAGGAGAUGGAACAGAUGCAGCGCUACAACAUGCGUCUAAUCGAGGAGUUGAAGAACAAGCAGACGCAGGAGAGAACCAGACUGCCCAAGAUUCAGCGCAGCGAGGCCAAGACCCGCAUGGCCAUGUUUAAAAAGAGCCUUCGUAUCACCGGAGCUGCUGUCACCCUUGAGCAGGAGCGGGAGAAGGUCAAACAGUUUGCAGCUCAGGAGGAGAAGAGGCAUAAGAACGAGAGGCUCCACCAGCAACAGAAACACGAAAACCAGAUGAGAGACCUGCAGCUGCAGUGUGACGCCAACAUCCGAGAGCUUCAGCAACUGCAGAAUGAGAAGUGCCACCUGCUUAUCGAACAUGAGACCCAAAAACUGAAGGAGCUGGAUGAGGAGCACAGCCUGGAGCUGAAGGAGUGGAGGGAGAAGCUACGACCCAGGAAGAAGGCCCUUGAGGAAGAGUUUGCCAGGAAGCUGCAGGAACAGGAAGUGUUCUUCAAGAUGAGCGGAGAGUCCGAGUGCCUUAAUCCUUCCAACCAGAGCCGCAUCUCCAAAUUCUACCCCAUCCCCAGCGUCCACUCUACUGGUUUCUAAUAACAAAGAAAAAACUACACACAGCCUACACACAGACAUUAGCACACACGCUCAUGAACACGGUAAAGACUGAACCUGUGCUGCCUUGCCCUUGGGUGUAAGGGUGUAAAUAGUUUUCUGUGUCUGGACGUGACUCCUCAGUCUACAGCUCUGCUCUCUAAGACUCUUCAUUUAUGUCAUAUUUUCAUACUGUCAUGUUGAAGGAGAAUUAUGAACAGAUUUAAUGUUGGAGUCGAUGCCUCGAAGUGAAGUGAAGGUGAAGUCGCUCUCUGUCCGACCAUCUUUGUGAUUUAGCUUUUUUUCUGUAACAAAUCCAGUGCCUGUAGAAUUUGAUGUUUUUGGCUUUUAAAUCCAAGAAAUUCUGAUCAUUAUUUGCUCAGCAAUUAUUUUCUGAUUUAGAUUUUUGCACUAAGUGAAGGAUUUUCAUGCCACUUAAGCUGGUUAUAUAUGAAAUAGCAACUUUAUCAUUUGUGAUUGAGUCAUUAACUAGAAUGUAUUUCGGAUGAAUAGGACGGGGCACAUUUUUAAUAUCAAUCAUAUCGAAGGAAUGAUGCUACAGUAUAUUUUUAUGAAAUCAUGCAUAUCUGUUUGUGUCAGUGGUAGGUUGUGAUACGUUAGUCGUCUGUACUAUUUGUAUUUAAAAAAAAAUGUAGGAAAAUGUUCCUUCUUUCAGGUUUUUUUUCUUCAGAAUGCCUUCCUGUUUCAAGCAUGUCAGACUUGAGGCAACUGUUUGGGAACAAGCAGUAAACCAUUAGUGACUGUGUUGCAUGUGAUGGACACAGUGUUUACAUGCAGAGACAAAGAAUCACUGUUAAUUGGACUCAAAGGAAAUCCCAGCGGUGGCUGUCGAACAAGCGUUUAUGCACCUGUUUGCUGGACUGCUUUCUUUCUAUUUUUCAGGUGACACCCCUUUAUUGUUAUCGAGCAAAAGUUGUGUAUCCAUAGGAGUAAGUUCUUCAGGGAUUAAUAACGAAUGCAAACUUUCAUUCAUCCACUCUGUAGAAUUGAAAUCAUCUUGAAGAGUUUCUGAGGCCCAAGAGUCAUGAAACUCACCAAGAUAAUUCAAACCACAACCAGCUUUCAGUUCAGCUUGUCAACAAAAGUAACCUGAGCUGCAGUCACAGGUGAUGGUGCGUCCUCUGGUUUUAAUUUGCUUUUCUUCAUAUUUCUCCUCAUGAGAUAUUUUGCUACCAGGUGUAUUAAGGGUAGGCUUUUGUUUGUUAUCUGUAUUGUAAAGAUAAAACUGUUUUCAUUGACAUGCUAGCUAAUAGCCUUAAUACUUGGAGAUGGAUAUACUGUGUAACUCUAGCUUUUGUAUAGAAAAUGAACAACUUCAGAAUUGUUUCAUUCAGCAGUUUUCAAACACACAGUACAAGAAGAGAGCGUGAGAUUUGGCAAAUGUGUUUUAUUGUAAGCUGAAGUAUCAUGAGUGAUGCUAACACUGUGUAAUAUUUGAUGCAGUUGAUGCAAAAAAAAUUGACCUGUCUGGUUUAGGCCAUCUUGACCACCGAUUGGGUCGGUUCAUCAUCUCAUUUUCUUUAGGAUUGUCACAUGUAUUUAAUAACUGAGAAGUUAGUGCAAAAACAUAAUGAGGAGUGCUGUGCACCUUUUGCUAAACUUUCUCAAAAGCUAUUUAUAUGACCCCCCCGAACACACACACACACACACACACACUUACACACAGUGUGCUACAGUUUAUUAAACCUACGUUAUCGUUAGAGGUUUGCAGCUUACAAAUAUAACGGCAAAAUGUCAAACCAUGUCCAGGUAGAUUAAAUCAAUUAAAUUGAUUGAAUUCUGAAUUUUGACAGCAAAAAAACAAACAGGAUCAAUAUCAAGAUCAUUAUGCAUUUUUUAAAUAAAUGUAUAGUUCUUAGAAUGCCUAUGUAAUGUAGAUUUUCAUUUUGCUGUAAAUAAACUGUUUCCUCUCUA